AUUUUUAUCCCCUUACAGGCUUCCGUAAGAGGACCGAGCUGGCUCCACUGUCGUGUAGUUUCACGUCUGUUAACCGUUGUUUCCCUUUCAUCCAGGUAUAUUAGGUAUCGCAGAGGCUCGUUUCAGUGAGCAACAGAGGCAGUGAUGGGGGACAUUCGUCAGUCAUUGCUGCCCCGCGAUGUGCUGAGCGCUGCCAAGGAGCUGUUGUACCACCUGGACAUCUACAUCUGUAACCUGGUGCAGUCCGGCAGGCAGCCUCCUCAGGUCGACACCAAAACCCUGGAGCUGGUGGAGGAGUUCAUUCUGCAUGCGCCCAAAGACAGAAACGCACCACCCAGGAGGAUGAAUGCUCUCCAGGAGCUCCAGCUGCUAGAGAUCAUGUGCAGCUGCUUCCAGGAACAGAGCCGCGACACUGUCCGUCAGCUCAUGUUCUCGGCCCUCUUCAGUCUCCAAGGCAACCAGGCCGACGAGAGCCGCAUGGCACUGCUCGGCAAACUGGUUUCCAUGGCAAUCGCUGUGGGCAGGGUGCCUAUCUUGGAAUGUGCUGCUACGUGGUUACAGAGGACCCAUCGUGUGUAUUGCGUGCGGCUGGCGCGGGUGCUGGUUGAUGACUACUGCAGCUUAGUGCCAGGAUCUGUGUCCACCCUGUAUAACAUCCAAAGCUCCAGCCCACGUUUCUGCUGCCAGUUCAUCACUGCUGUGGCCACCCUGUAUGACCUCACCUCAGAGGAGCUCACCCCUCCUCUAGAACUUCUGCAGAUGAUUGUGUCGUGGCUCCAAGACGACCCGCGCCUCGUCCUCAUCACCUUCCUGAACACGCCCCUCUCUGGCAGCCAGCCAAUCAGCUCACUUGACCUCACGCCGCUGGGGGGCUUGGUGCGCUGGUGCGUCAAAGCGCCUCUGGCCUACAGGAGAGACAAGAAGCAGUCGCUGACCAAUGGGAGCAGUGAGUGUGAGCCAGAUGUGGGGCCUCUCUUCUCUGCACUCCAUUUAAGUGUCCUACAGGUGUUCAUGCUCCUGCCCAACAUACUGAAUGAGAAGGGGCUUUUCGGCCGCCUGGCGCUGCUCCAGAUGGAACCUCUGGCUGCACUGACCUCUGACCUCUCCCGCCUGUUGGACCAGGCCGACAAACACACACACUCAUCAUCCACCGACACACACGCACUCUCCCAGCUGGCCCUGGACCGUCUGGCACAGGCCCUGCAGGUGGCCAUGGCUAAUGGAGCACUGCUAUGUUCAAGAGAGGACCUGAGAGCCAUCUGUUCGCGCCUCCCACACAACAAUUUGCUGCAGCUGGUGAUGUCGGGCCCUGUGAUGUAUUUUAACAACAUCCACACUCCUCCACUGGCUUUCAGCCCUCAUGCUUCUCACUCUCCCAUCACCACACACCCCACACACCCCACACACCCUACACACCCAACACACCCGACACACACACCUCUGGCUUCCCACCCCUCUUCUCACCCCCAGUACCCCGCUCAGCCUUUUCUGUCGGGGAUGCCUUUCCCCUUCCGACCCAGCCACUAAAAGAAAUGUCCAACUUGUUUGUAGGUCUGUGUGUGUGUAUGUAUGUGUGAGUGUGUGUGUGUGUGUGUGUGUGUGUGUAUGUGUGUGUGGUGGGUGAUGAGGGGAAUUUUAAGUCUCUGUGUGCAUGGAUUAAUUUGUGUGUAUGUGUAUAUGUGCCUGUCGGUGUGUGGACAACUGUAUGAUGUAUGUAUUGCUAUGAUAUUAAGCAGAUUUGCUUCUGGUAAAGUCAGAUACUGUGAGGCUAACUUGUUUGUCUAAUAAAUAUUUUUUUACUCCA